AUGGCCGAUUUUGGUACUCGCGAGCUCUACGGAGGUGCCAUCACCGUCGAGCUCCCUACCACACUGAUCGACGCCAGCGACAUCCGUCAGAUCCCGGAUCACCAGGAAGUCUUCCUCUCGAACAAGACUCUCACCUCAAUCAUCUUCGAAAUCAACCAAUUCGUUAAGCAGCCCGACCCAGCUGCUCUCUACUUCCACUUCACCGAUGUCAUCGCCCCGCCCGAUCAUCUUGCGGAAGAGCUUGGCGCGCCCACCAAGUUGUCGCUCGCCGAAGACAGCCUGAAGGAUUUCCCAGCUUAUCUCGUUCAAGGCGGCAUCAUCUCACCUGAAGUGGACAAGAAGGCGUCGACCAGCCUGCCCAUCGAAUGGCAGCAAACACCGCUGACCACGAACCAGCUGACCAAGUGCUACCAGUUGGUUGUGAGGAUGGACAAGUAUAGCACUGACUUUUGCGUCAGAGUGAAUGUGCCUCUGAAGGAACUUUCCGGGAAAGAGGAGGCCGAUGCAGAGGAGGCAGUGGCGAAGGGAAUCAUGGAAAAGAUCGUUGCGACCCUCGACAUAAAGGAAUUCGGCCUCUUCGCCAGCGAUUGA